AGGGGUUUCAACAUUCUCGUUUAAAGUCAGCAUUUCGCAAAUUCUAUGUUCAUUAUAACAAUCUAGUUUACCAAUACAACAUAUCAUUAAGACAAAUGCUCUGACGUAGUUUAUACCGAUUGUUAGGUCGUUCUUGAUACACUGAUUUUGACUACAGAUAACUCCGUUUACCUGAUCAGGAUAUCGGGCUCACGGCAGGUGUGACCGGUCGACAGGGGAUGCUUACUUCUCCUAGGCACCUGAUCCCACAUCUGGUGUGUCCAAUGGUCCAUGUUUGCCCAACUAUCUAUUUUGUAUUGCUUAUAGGAGUUAUGAGAUUGAUCAUUGUUCGUUAUCUUCACCUUUCAUUUGUUGCAAGAAGUUGUGAAUAAUUCUACAUUUUAUGUGGAAUAUGACUUUUUCCGUUGAUUAGUGCAUCGUAUCACUUCGCUUGACCAAGUAGGCUACUAACAAAAAGUGUCAAUCUCAUAACUCCUACAUGCAAGGUGAAGAUAACGAACAGUGUCAAUCUCAACUCCUAUAUGUAUAAGGAAUACAAAAUCAAGAGUUGGGCAAACACGGACCCCUGGAUAUACCAGAGGCGGGAUCAAUAUUAUAUUAUUCAUCGAUUGGCUGUUUAGAUUCAAUAGAAAUAGAUACCACAAUGCUACGGCAACACGUGAUCAGUCAUAUUAUCUGAUACACUGUAUGGAAAUAAGAUAGAACCUUUAUUUAGCUUAUGAAUACUUUUAAAAAGUGUCUGUUCGCGUAAAGAACCGUGUGCAAUUAACAAGUUCGGUCGUAUGGUUUAUAAGUUUGGAUUACCACGUUGUCAUUCUUCUAAGGUGGUCACCGAGAACAAAAAGUAGGUGGGUUUUUUGGGGGUUUUUUCGGGGUUUUUUUUUCUUUUUUUUUUUUAGACUUUGGUGGUUUUUUCUUUCUUUUGUUUUUCUUUUUACGUAAGUUCACAGAAAAAUUCACUUUAAAUGAUUAUAUCAAGUGACGCCUUCGGCGCUGCAUUAACUAAAGUUAUUUCGACGGCAUUUUGCCAGCUUUCACUAAAUGACUGUUAUUUCUGAGUUAGAAUAUGUCAUUAUUAUGGGCUGGCCCAUUAUAUGAAAUAAGAUUUGAGAAGUCAACGUACGUUUCUACGGGGCAGAUGUCUGUUACCGCGGAUGUGUUGAUGUUUUAUAAUUUUAUUUUUCCCCAUUAUUGUUUAGAUUAUUUUUAUGGUCAUGGGAAAAAUAAUUCAUGGUACAUGUAUAUGUAAAACAAUUUUCCAGUAAAUGUGACCCACAUACUAUCGCAAGAUUCACCAAGUACGAUUUUUAUAUAUAAACGUGGGCCAAUGCAUUUCACGACUGUAAAUUUAGCAAAGUGUAGAAAAGACAAUGAUAAUAAUCCUAUUAACAUGAUAUUGAUAGCACUAAUUCGACGAUUUUAUAUCAGUCAGCAACAUGUACUAUAUCAGCAUUUGUCAAAACCACCAGAAUACAGUAUAAUGUACAAUGUAUUGCAUUUUUAAUACUGAUUUUUUCAAUGUCUUUUUAACAGUUUUUAUUUCUUGUAGUGGAAUACCAAUAUUAUGGUGGGCGUUGCAAAUUUCAGAGUAUGGUUACUGCUAGCGCUGUCAAUCCCAUUCGCUCAGACGAAAGACGAAUGCACACCCAAUACCACCAUUUGCCUGUGGAAGGAGUCUACAUUGCAAGUGGAUUGUUCUUUUCGAAAUCUACAAGUUCCUCCUUGUUUCCUUAAAAAAUCAAACAUAACUCACUUAAACCUAGCACAUAAUAGGUUUGAUCACGUCCCAGAUAAUUUACCACAGAAUUUGACAUGGCUAGAUUUGUCAUUCAACAAAUUACAUCAAUUGAUAAAUCUACAUAAAUAUAGACAACUGAAUCAUCUAAAUUUAGACAACAAUCAAAUAAAUAUCUUUUUCCUGCCUAAUAUGAGAGGCAUGCCAAAUGUAAGAUAUUUGUCUCUGAAAGGUAAUACUGACUGUACAGGGAAACACUAUCCUCGUGGUAUUUUAGACGGCUUCAAGUCAUUAUUCCAUCUACGAAUAGAUGGUUGUGAAAACGGAAAUUUCGGAGACAUGUUUUCAUAUCAGAAAGUCGAAACAUUAAAAAUCUUGGAUGUAUCUGGAUCAGAUGGUGUGUGUCGUGUCAAAUCCUUAACAUCGCACGUGUUUGAUAAAUUUAACCUAACUCAUUUGGAUUUAUCCUUGUGUGAUAUUACAAAUAUCGAAAUCGGGUCACUGGCAUCUCAGACACACUUGCAGUAUUUGGACAUGUCGUACAAUAGUCGACUCGGCUUCAGGGGGUUUGGAAAUAUUUCGUACGACCUCCAGAAUAGUACCAUUAAAGUUGUAAGACUUGUGAAAAUACAUUGUACAUUUGGAUUAGGAACGAUCCUAUUACGCAAUCAUACGAAAUAUCUUAACAAGACAUCGCUGGAAGAACUAUACCUAGACAGUAACAGGCUGGAGAUGAUCGAAACAGGAUUGAUUACCUACAAUCUACCAAAGUCUCUUAAACAUUUGUCUGUAGGCGACAAUAAGAUGGAUAAUGGAAUGUACGUAUUAGAAACGGGUUCUUUGCACAACCUACAGACUCUUAACGUUAGUUUCCAAAUACAUUCUCAUAAUGAUUACUUCGAUGGUUGCAGCGACUAUACUGAAUCGUGUCACAACCGUCCAGAGGUUACAGCUUCAACCCAAAAUAUUGCUAAAGAAAUGGAAACUUAUGGAGUGUCAGAACUUCGAGAGCCACCAAUAUUCACGUUUUACCUGCCCAAAAAUAUUCACACACUCUAUGCCAACGACAUGAAAUUAACGUACCCUGUUUAUGAACUACACUUUGGACAUUGUAAUCUGAAGCAUAUUCACUUUCAGAACAAUUUUAUUUUUAAGUUCAAUGGUCCGGUUUUUGGAUUCCAUAACAUUACAUAUAUUGAUGCCUCAAACAACUUUUGCGCUGAUAUUUCAACUCAAGCGUUUAAUGUCCUUCCAAGAUUAGAAGUAUUAAACUUUUCUCAAAAUCUUUUAGGUCAUAGUUUCGGAAGAGAUAUUAAUGGGGAAAUCCUAUGGCAAAACGGAAAUCUAACUGUCUUAAAUUUACAUGAUAAUAAAAUCACUUUCUUGCCUCGAAGAGUUUUCAGAAACAACCUCAGAGUAAAACUUCUGAAUAUUUCGUACAAUAGAAUGGAGAAAUGGACAGUUGAUAUCAGCCAUAUGUAUCUGCUGGAACAUCUUGAUAUGUCUUACAAUCUUUUAACAGGACUCGAUGAACAGGCCAUUAAUUUAUUACCGCUGCAUGAAACGUUCACAAUUAACUUUCUAGGAAAUCCGUUAUCGUGUUCUUGUGAGAACACAUUCUUUUUUGAAUGGAUGAGCCGAUACCAUCACUCAAGGUUUACGCAUUUGGAAAACAUAACAUGUGCAUACAAGAAUGGAUCCCUUUUAUCGCUUCAAGGCUUGCCAAGUAUUGUGCAAAUUUUGCAGAAGGAUUGCUCCACAUACAGUUUACUGAUAAUCGUGACGUCUUCCUUUAUAUGCCUUAUUUUCAGCUUGAUAGUUUAUCGAAUCAUCUAUCGUUACCGAUGGAAAAUCCUCUAUAUUUACUAUCUCACUAAACGUGUUCUGUUUCCAGAAUUAGAGAAAACUAAGAAAAGGGUUAACUAUGAAUAUGACGCGUUUAUUUCAUACGCGGAGGAGGACAGAAGCUUUGUGUUAAAUGAGAUUCAGAGAAGGAUGGAGAGCUAUGAACUAAAACUCUGCAUUCAUGACAGGAAUUUCCUUCCAGGAAUAGAUAUUGCUGAAAAUAUAACAAACGCUAUACAUAACAGCAGACGAAUUGUUUUUGUAAUGACGUCACACUUUUUGAGGUCACAUUGGUGUAUGUUUGAAUUCAAUAUGGCGCGAAUGGAAAGUAUUUACUCCCGUGGGGGAGAAAACAUCCUUUUGUUAAUUCUUCUGGAGAAAAAUAUUGUCCGAGAAAUGCCGAUGACUCUUCUGCACGUUGUUGAAAACGAGUCGUACCUAGAGUUCCCGGAUGAGAGGAUUUCCCAGUGUAUGGAAAUAUUUCGGAAAAAUCUAAAAGACGCUAUUAAAAACAACUAGUGAGAACAAUAUUCUAUCAAUUAUAGAUAUGUAAGAGAGAGAGAGAGAGAGAGAGAGAGAGAGAGCCUGUGUGUGUCAUUGUUUUGAAUUUGUUAUUGAUGUACCUUUUAUAAAGUCAUUGAUUUUAACCCUUUGCCAAAGAAGGGUUUGGUUUUUAUUACGAAAAUUCACCAGCUGUACUCUCCCUAUAAAAGACAGUUUUCAAUUUAAAAUUUAUUCCUUUUAAAGUAUGUAUCGAUAUGCAAACUCUUGAUAUUUUAUUCACAAUCUGCACUUUUAUGCAAAGUUUCUAAAUAAAAUUUCCAGAGUUUUCACAUCGAUAAAUUCUUCAAAAAGAAUGUUGAAUCCUUAUAAUUCCAUUUUCCUCUUGACUCUUAUAAAGGACUCUUAUUUUUAAAUUUCAAACGCGUAGGGAUUUAGCCGUACGAUUUGAAUAAUACAUAAUUGAUAACCAAAACACGUUGGAUGUGUUUUUUUCUUGUUUUUUUUUAAAAUACUAAACAGUAAACACGUGGUACAAUGAUGACCUUCACAUAUGAUGAUCUAGUUAUAGUGAAAGUAACGAGCCCCGAAUCCCGUCAAGUUGCUAUACCCACGUGCAAGGUGAAGAUAACGAACAGUGAGCAAUCUCAUAACUUCUAUAAGCAAUACAAAAUAGAUAGUUGGGCAAACACGGACCCCUGGACACACCAGAGGUGGGAUCAGGUGCCUAGGAGGAGUAAGCAUCCCCUAUUGACCGGUCACACCCGCCGUGAGCCCUAUAUCCUGGUCAGGUAAACGGAGUUAUUUGCAGUCAAAAUCAGUGUGCCAAGAACGGCUUAACAAUCGGUAUGAAACACGUCAGACAGCAUUUGACCCAAUGCGAGGUUGUACUGACGAAGUAGAUCGUUAUAACGACCAUAGAAUUUUCGAAAUGCUGACUUCAAUUGAGACUGUUGAAAUCCCUGUACCAUCAACUUGUUUGUCAGUAGCUUACCUCGAUUUAAAAACUGACUAUACGCAGAACAAGCACUUGCAUAUCGAAUCAGUUGAGAUAUAUAAACACCAUAUGCAGGUGAUAAUGGAAUAUUGCUACAUAAAUAUGGUAAGUUGAGGGUGGAGAAGCUGAAAUCAUCCCGUUUGUCAUACAGUUGAGUUGUCAGUUUGCCGUUAAUUUCUACUUUCAAUAAAAUAUCUAAUGUGUGAAGAAUAAGGUUGCUAAUUGACUGCAUAUUGGAUGCAGUGUAUUUGUUAUUGUUGGAUGUUGAGACGGCGAGGUCGUAGUGGUAGAUCCCAUCAGAACUAGAGCCAAGGUAGACAAAGUUCAUCGAAGUGUAUACUCUUGAGCAGCUAGCUUAUUGACCAAUCUUGAUUAUUUGACAAUUGAUUAUUGAAUAUGUGUAUUAGAUAAGAAUUAUAAUAUGCUGAAGAAAAUUUGGAACAAUAUCAAGAACGAAACUGAGUUAAAAAUUAUUUAUGCAAUUUAUCUUACAACAUAUCAAGCCUACCCAAUGAGAGAGGAUCUGUAGUAAUGUUUCAUUGAAAAAAUCUUAAAUUACAGAAUUUUGGUUAUUGUGUUAUGGAUUUGCUUAUUGAAUAAAAUUGUGCUUUGACUUCGCCCCCAUGUUUACUUUAUGUAUAUGUAUUACGAUAGUUUUGGCAACUUUCGUUUGUUAUCUUUCUUUUUUGAUAAAUUGUCAUGAUGUACUUAUAUACUAAUCAAUUAAAUCGAUGUUGU